AUGGGGAUCGCUCAGGCGGUGAGCAGGGUGGACGGCCGCUGCCCUACUAUCCUGCCUAGCAGCGUCAUGCCAGAAGCACAAGGCUAUGUGGAACUGGCCCUGUUCCCCCCUCUCUGGACCAGUGAAGGUGAUCCCGGUCUUCAGCCUGUGGCCCCUAUAUGUGCAAAGACACCAGCAGACCAACGCUCCCUCCUCACUCGACUCCACACUAGCGGACUGCCAGCACGGGCUGGAUGGAAAUCGGCGGAUGCCUGCUAA